GUCACCAGCUCCGAGGACAAGUAUGCGUUCCUCUCCACAUUUGACACCGUCUUCGUGAUUGAUGACUCUGGGUCCAUGGCUGGCCGCUCAUGGCGCGAAGUCCGCGAUGCCCUUGGCACCAUCACUUCCAUCUGCACUUCCCAUGAUCCGGACGGUGUUGAUAUCUACUUCCUCAAUCAUCGCUCUUGGUCCUCGGGUAGCAGCACCCAAGCUCCCUGUGGAUACACCAACAUCCGCGAUGCUAGUCAAGUGCAGCGCCUCUUUGCGUCCGUUCGUCCUUGCGGUGCCACUCCCACAGGUGCCCGGCUAGACAGCAUCCUCAAGCCAUAUGUUGCCCAUCUGGCCAACCAGCCUGGGAAUAUGGACGAUACCAAGCCCCUCAAUAUCAUUGUUAUCACUGACGGAUGUCCCACUGACGACCCUGAGGGCAUCAUUGUGCACUACGCCAAGAAGCUCGACCAGAUAGGCGCGCCUCCUCACCAGGUUGGUAUACAGUUCUUCCAGGUCGGCAACCACAGCGGGGCAGCCAACGCUCUUCGCGAGUUGGAUGAUGAUCUCACCUCUCUCGGUAUCCGUGACAUGGUCGACACGGCCACUUGGAGCUCUACUGAGUCGGACGGGAAAAAUGUCUUGACAGCCGAUGACAUCCUCAAAGUUGUUCUUGGCGCGGUCGUGCGGCGCUUAGACCGCAGGCCU